AACUCAUCAUUUUGGUCCGAGAAUGUGUCGCCAGGUUGGAUGCACGGUGCUCAUGUUGGCGACUUUCUGUUUCUAUAUGCUGCUAACAGUCGGUGUCUGCAAAAGACAAAGUGGGCCAACAAUAUGCACAGAUUCACCGGUCUUCACCAUUGACGAAACCAUGAACCUCCUACUCAAACCACCAAAAAACUCCACGCCAUUUAGCAAAACCGAGACUGAGAAAACUACCUCUACCCAGGAAGACACAAGGUGUCCCAGGAACGGUUUCUCCGGAAUCCCUCCGCUGAGCACCUGCCCGCACUACACCGUCUUGAACUAUGACCCUAACAGAAUCCCGCAGCUGGUGUUCGAAGCAAAAUGCAGCUGCAAAACCUGUCUCUCCUUGACGGGCAGUUCCAAGAGUCAAUGCAAGCCUGUGUAUUACUAUAGGCAUGUCCUUCAAAAAGACACUGAAAAGGCCGAAGAAUGUUAUUUUCGGAAAGUGAAAGCUUUCAGUGUCGGAUGCCACUGUAUUGGGUACAACGUGAAACCAGGCUCUCGGAAAACCCUUGCAUAAUGUGGCGAUGUUCGUUGACAUUCCUUGAUGCCUUCAUCAUGUGGUGACUUUAAAAUGGUGCUGAAUUCCAACAGAACAAUCAUCUCCAUAAUUUUAUUGACAAUCAGCACAAACCCUGGAAGCCAUGUGUGUGUGUGUGUGUGUGUGUGUGUGUGUGUGUGUGUGUGUGUGUGUGUGUGUGUGUGUGUCUGUGUCUGUGUCUGUGUGUGGUGAUAUUAUUUGGUAUUCUGAUACUAGUCUUGGAUGGCAAUUUUGCAAUAUCGAAACUCGUGUCCCAGGUGUCGAAUCGUAACACAUCUUUGUCAUCAGUACGACACUGCCUAAUUUAUGUAUUGUGUUAGGACUCUUGUCUCAACAGCCAGUGUAUAUAUUUUUGUUGUUAUGUUAUUACCACAGUGACACCCCGUUAAUCCGAGAGACAUUUCUACGUAACCAAUUACUGUCUGGUUUAACGGGGCUUCACUAAGAUACAGCAUAGCGAUGGCCCAAUAUCACAAAAGCAUUUGGACCAAACCACAACCGCUCUUUUCAAAUAUUAACAAUAGGUCGUUUCAGACUGAUUUGCUGAUUUGUGAUAAUGGGAUUCCAAUUUAUUUACUCAAACCACUGUUAGCCUUUGUAAUUGCCACUCUAAAAGUGGCAAAUUAUUCAGUACCAAUUUGUAGAACGCAUUUAUUUAUUUAACUCUUAUUUAACCGUUGGUAAUGCCAAAUUUAGGAUUGUGCAGUUGUCUGGUGGAUAUAAAGUGACGUCAGAGUGAGUGAGUGAGUGAGUGGAUGGACGGGUGUUUGGUCGGCUGUUUUCAGGUGAGCGAGAAUGGUUUUACACUGCCUUUCAUAUCACCUGGUGGAGUUUAAACACUGUCAGCCUUAACGCUAUAGAUGUGAACGCUGAUUACAUAUUUAUUGAUUUCAUGUUGCUUAGGGGCAGUUAGCCUUUGAUCGUGACUAGAUUAUGAUAUUAUCAUGGUGUUUGAUGUUGGUAGUGAUCUGUGUCUAAGAUCUAGUGUUAGUCUAUUGGCGUGCUCGCCAAAAUGGUACUUUAAACUAUGUAUGUGAUAUUCACAAAACUGUUCAGAGAAACUUUUUCUCGUAGUGUAUGAAUCUUUGUGUUCAAAAUGU